AUGCGUCCUCCUGUGCCCGAUCUUUGCCCGCCGCGGUCUCGCAAGUCGUCCCUUGAGCAGCCUGUCCCACCAUGGGCUGACCCCCGCACCGCCGCCCCCGCGACGUUUUUCCUGACACGCGACCAGGACCAAGGCCAGGAGCAGGAGCAGGAGCAGGACUACUUGUCGUCCCCCGAAGGCGGCGAUGUCUCCAGUCAGAGCAGUAUGUACGGGGUGCAGAGUCUGGAGGAGACGGUCCAGCACGCCCAGUUCGACCCGGCGGCGGCCCAGUGCGGGGAGUUCGAUAAGGACAUCCCCGGUGACGUCGACAACACCGAUUUUCAAAGAGAAGAGGACAAAGGAAGCGAAGAGACCCUGCGGUCUGCGAGGCGGAGGUCGACGCUGAAACCGUUGACUGUUCUCGAUUCCAAACAAAAUUUGUCGUCGUCGCAGCAGCGGCCACCCUCUGAUCUGCCCUCGUCCCGCCCGCUUACCCCGCUCACUUUCAACAAUCCGGACGACCCUUUGUCUCUACCCAGCAGCCCCAAGUCGCUGUCAAAUCAGUCUCUCAAACCCCUGGAUGAUAUCUCGCUGGCCGAUGAUCUGAGUAGCCAGGCGGUUGGGUCGGGUGAAGAGGAAGACGAGGAUGCAGGCCACACGUCAAACGCGUGGCCAGAUCGCAGCUCCCAGCUGAUUAUGCCCAGCAUCAGAAUGCCCACUCGGCGACCAUUUACCGAAAGGGGCAGAGCUAUGGGUCGCUUCAAGAUUCUUCUGGCCGGGGCUCCUGGCACCGGGAAAACGUCGCUCAUCAAGUCGAUCGUGCAAGCCUGCGAAGAAAUCGUACAUGUCGAUCCCUUUCCCCCUCCGGGACUUGACCGUCCACGCCGUCGGGCGUUUGGGCCGGACAUCAAAGACAAGCCUUCCCGCGGUAGAACGACCGCUGCCCUUUCAGAAAUCUACGCAAGCACAAAGCCGUAUCCCCCUUGGUGGUCCGACCUGGAGGAUUCGCGCGUCCUACGAAGAAGAAAAAGCAUUGGGGAUGCUAUUCUCGAACGUAACUUGUGCUUUGUCGACACUGCAAGGAUCACCACCAGCCAGCAUGAUCAGACUGACAGGGUUACCGAGUACAUGCACCAGCAGCUCGGCCGGGCCACAACCUCUUUUCAAUCAAUGGAUGUGGAUUUCCAGAACUUACUCGCUGGAAAUGGCGGCUCCCAAGUGGAUGCCAUUCUCUAUCUAAUCGCCGAGGAUACACUGACCACCGACAUCGAGUGUAUUCAAAAGCUUUCUGAUCAAACGAAUGUCAUUCCGGUCAUCGCCAAGGCCGACCUUCUCCCUCCAAACCGGAUUAGCUCUCUCAAAUGGUCUUUCCACAAACAAGCGCGAAGAGCCGGGGUCAGGCCGUUCCUCUUCGGGACAUUGCCAGCCGAUGGACCCGGCGAGCUUGACCCUGUCUCCCCCUUUGCCGUCUCGUCGGCCCAUUCGAGCGAUGAAGAUAAUAUGGAUGCAAGCGUGCUGAUGAGCCCGGACUACGUCCAGCCUCUAGCACCAUCCGAGCUCGGCGUGCUAGUCGAGAAUCUCUUCGACCGCGACAACAUGGCCUGGAUGCGUCAUUCUGCAGCGAAAAAGCUCGCCCACUCUGACAAACGCACGACUUCCCCACGAAGCUCCCCGGUCUACAUUCCCGGCAGCGUAACAGAACUGACAUCUCCCACCACUCCAUCAGUCUACUCCUCUUUCUCUCUUUCCGAUCCCUUCGCGGGCGGGUCACCAAGCUACACCAUGGCCCGCAUCACCGACUACACGUACCAUGAAGAGAAACUCGCUCGGGUCCGUCUGGCCAAGUGGGCCGCCGACCUCCAGCGCAGCCUGCAGAACGAGCGGGACCGCUACGCCGCGCUGGCCCGUGGCGAGCGCGCCGUCUGGCUAACAGAGAGACUUGGCGAGUGUGUUAUCGAGGGUACCCUCCUCCCCAUCACCCAGACUGGACUACGUUCUCCUGCUACUUCUGCAACCCUCCUUGUCCGAUCCCGAUCCCCUCCCACAGGCUCUACAAACACAUACACCCCCGCUUCUCCUCCUCCUCCUCCUCCUCCUCCUUCUCUCAUUACUACUACUAGCCAACUCGACCCGCUAGGCUUAGUCGGCUGGUUAGACGAUCUCCAACGGCGCGGGUGGCAGGUCGUGCAGAUCGUGGGCAGCUUCGGCCUCGUCGGCGGGCUGGCGCUGUGGCUCGCCCGGACGUGGGGGGUGUCGCCUUCGUCGCGUUUAACGGAGUGGCGCUUUGACUGUUGA